UGAUGGGUCUUUCCCUUACGAUUCUGUUCCCUGGCAGCAAAAUACCAACCAGCCCCCAGGCUCUUUAUCAGUGGUUACCACGGUAUGGGGUGUGACUAACACCUCUCAAAGCCAGGUGCUGGGAAAUCCAAUGGCAAAUGCUAACAAUCCUAUGAACCCAGCAGGAAAUCCCAUGGCUUCUGGGAUGACUACCAGCACCCCUGGAAUCAAUUCCCCUCAGUUUGCUGGACAGCAGCAACAAUUUUCAGCCAAGGCAGGCUCCACUCAGCCGUACAUACAGCAGGGCAUGUAUGGGCGACCCAAUUAUCCUGGAAGUGGAGGCUUUGGUGGCAGUUACCCUGGAGGCCCAAAUACCCCUGCAGGAAUGGGGAUCCCCCCACACACAAGGCCACCAGCUGAUUUCACCCAGCCAGCUGCAGCAGCCGCUGCUGCUGCAGUUGCAGCUUGAACUGCUUCAGCAACAGCCACUGUGGCAGCCCUUCAGGAAACGCAGAAUAAGGACAUGAACCAGUAUGGACCGGUUUGUUCCUCUUUCCAGAUGGGUCCAAGUCAGGCUUACAACAACCAGUUUAUGAACCAGCCUGGUCCUCGUGGCCCUGCUUCUAUGCCAGGCAACAUGAACCCAGCAAGCAUGGGAGCGAGCAUGAGUGGGCCACCCAUGGGCAUGAACCAGCCUCGGCCUCCUGGAAUGAGUCCGUUCAGCACCCAUGGCCAGAGGAUGCCUCAGCAAGCCUACCCAGGCCCACGCCCUCAGUCUUUGCCUAUACAGGGCAUAAAGAGACCGUACCCAGGAGAGCCAAAUUAUGGAAACCAGCAGUAUGGACCAAAUAGCCAGUUUCCAAACCAGCCUGGUCAGUAUCCCACUCCCAACCCUCCAAGACCCCUUACAUCUCCCAGCUAUCCGGGACAGAGGAUGCCGAGCCAGCAAAACACAGGGCAGUACCCUCCUCCAACAGUCAACAUGGGACAGUAUUACAAGCCAUCAAGGCCUGUACCUGUGGCAAAUUACCCUCAUUCACCUGUUCCAGGAAACCCCACGCCACCUAUGACUCCAGGGAGCAAUAUUCCUCCAUACCUGUCACCUAACCAGGACGUCAAACCACCAUUCCCACCUGACAUUAAACCAAGUAUCAAUGCUUUACCACCACCUCCAA